AUGGCUCCCCUCCCACCGUUCCACGGCACGCCGCAUGAUCUGCCCCUGGGGUUCCUCUUUACCCCCGUGGACGAAGACCUGCUCGCCGUCUACCUCCGCCGCAAGCCCACGGGCGAGCUGCUCCUGUGUGCCGCGGGCAAGUUCUUCCACGACGCCAACAUUUGUGCCGCCGACCCAGCCACACUCACGGGAGACCGCCUCCCCGCGCCGGCGACGAAGCGCGACGGCCGUUCUUGGUUCUUCUUCACCCACGCGAGGACCAAGACGAGCCGCGGUGGCCAAGAGUUCUUGGCGGUAGGGGACAGCGAGGGCACGUGGCUCACCAAGAGGACCGGCGCCAGGGUGGUGCUCGACGGCAAGGGCCGCCGGGUUGGGCGUAGCCAGAUGUUCUCGUACAGGCCCAAGAACGACAAGAGGUCCGACUGGUAUAUGGUGGAGUUUGCCGUCGAUGAUCAAGAUGAGGAUGACGAGGACCGCAGUGGUGAUGGCGAGUCCCUUCUCGUUCUUUGCAAGAUCUAUCAGUCCCCCCGCUGCGCGUGCCGCACCGAUGGGUCCGUGUUGAAGUUAGCUCCCGUCAAGAGCGCUACAUCGGAGUAUAUCCUCCCAGUUUAUUGA